AAGCCAAAAAUUCGUAAAUCGAAUACUCGAAUCCAUAUGUCAAUGAUAAAAAAGGUGUAGACAAAUAAAGGAAAAUCUGAUUUUGAGUUUUGGUAUGAGUUGUUUACCUGACUAGGUGGGUUCUUUGCACAUUGCACCUCUGGCCAAGAUGGCGGCAUCGUUAGGUAAAAUUUGUCGAUCUGGCCUUCUUAGAGCGAAUAAUGGAUUACUCUUUAAUCAGGGGAGCCAGUUUUCAACGGUGGGCAAAGACUGGUCCAGAGGUCGUAAAGUGCUGUUAUCAUGUCUGGGAGUUACUGCCGGAGGGAUAGGAGCUCUGAUUUAUGCUCUGGAGAACUCUGUCAAAGCCUUCGAAAUGAUAGCCCAUCCUCCCAAGUAUGGAUGGGACUUUUAUGGAUGGUUCAAAUCCCUCGAUCAUGCUAGUAUGCGACGAGGAUGGGAAGUGUACAAGAAUGUAUGCUCAGCCUGCCACAGUUUGAAUUUCGUCGCCUAUCGUCAUCUCGUAGGCGUUACGCACACCGAAGAUGAGGCAAAAGCUAUCGCCGCGGAGAUUCAAGUUCAAGACGGACCCGAUGAUCAGGGCAACAUGUUCAUGCGUCCUGGAAAAUUGUCGGAUUACGUGCCUGCUCCAUAUCCGAAUGAGGAAGCUGCUCGUGCCGCCAAUGGCGGUGCCAAUCCACCAGAUUUAUCUUACAUUAUUAAUGGAAGACACGGUGGCGAGAACUAUAUAUUCUCGCUCCUGACCGGUUAUUGCGAUCCACCUGCCGGUGUAAACCUACGAGAGGGUCUUCACUUCAACCCCUAUUUCGCGGGAGGUGCUAUUGGCAUGGCACAAGUUAUCUACGACGAGGUACUCGAUUACGAGGAUGGCACGCCGGCGACCGCUUCCCAGGUAGCAAAGGAUAUUUGCACAUUCCUCAUGUGGACAUCAAAUCACGAGUACGAUGAACGACAGAGACAAUCUAUCAAGGUAAUUGGAAUCGGUACAUUAUUGACAUUAGUAGUGUACUGGUAUAAGAGACACAAAUGGACAACGGUGAAGAACACGAAGUUGGCUUUCCUACCGCCGAAGAGCAAAAAGUAGUGCGUCCUUGCGAGGGAAAUCGGCCAUGAAUAAAUCAAUUGUGAGAAGCAAAUAUUAACGAGAAUAAAACGAGAAAUAGCUCAGCCGAGGAAAAAAGGAAAAAAUGUUCGUCUAAAGAUGAUCGUGUUAGCUGGUCGAGACGCCGUAGUUUUUUAAUUUAAACAAUUAUCGAGAGAGUGAGAGAACGGAAAAAAGAAAUGUAAAACUUGAAAAAAAAAAAAAAUAAAAUAAACAAACUAAAGAGCAAGAAAAAGCGAGGAAUUCGCAAUUAUUAAAAAAAAAAAACUCAAACGCCAUUCAAAAAACAUAAAUUUCUUUUUUUCCCCUCCUCACACUCGAUCUUUUCGAUCCUAGUUGACUUUUUGGAUUUCGGCAAUAUCACGAUUCGUGCUCGUAACUUUCGGAACUCGAAAUUAUUGUCAAUGAAGUGAACCUUUACGAAUCGCUUCUUACUUGUAAAAUAUAUAUAUAUAUAUACACACAAAAUGAA